AAUGAAUAUUGAUCUCACAGAAUAAUUGCAAAAAUACAGGCAAGAAAUUCAUAGUAAAUUCAAAUAAAAACAAAUAAUGGCUUAAACUAUCUUUAAAUUAGUAUACAUCUAUUGAUAUUUUAAUCUAGGCUUCUUAAUAAAAUAAAAAAGACAAUGUCAAUUUAGCUACUUUGAAAUAAGACUUAGGUAAAUAAAAAACUAAAUAGAGAACUUCAGUUACAAGUAUUUAAAAAAUCUAUAUAAUUUAGAUUUUUAAGGAAGUCCUUUGAAAAAUAUGAUAAGACAAAAUUAAUCACCAAAUGCUUAAAUGAGAAAUGAAUUUAAUUCAUCAAAGUUUAUUAGUCCUAUGAGAUCUAUGUCUCAAUUUAAAUAAUCACCUUAAUAAUCAAAGUUUUAAAUUCCUACACCAAGAGAUGCUAAUUAAACUUAAAGUGCUGUUAAAUUAUAUUCAUCAAAAUAUUAAAAAGUAUUACCAAGUGAGUAAGGCAAUUACUAUGGUCAACUUUAAGCCAAAUUGGAUGGUUUAGCAUAAUUGAUAGGAUCUGAAGAAGAUUAUCAUUAAAAUGCUAAAGAUGUUGAAAAUGUAAUUGAAGAAACAAUUAACAAUUUUCAUAAUUCAAAUAAAUAGAAUAGAUUUGAUUAAAUAAAAAGUUAAUAGUAAGUACUUGAAUAAGAUUUGAAACAAUUAAACUUUAAAAUAUCAAGAUUUAAUGUAUAUAAAGAUUGA